AUGAUAAUUUGUAAUAAAAAUAAACAUGCCCUUCCCGUCUCUGAUGCAGAGGAUUUUCUGCGAUAUCUGUCCGCUUUGCGACGGUGCAGGUACAUUCCCGUCAGGAUUCCGAAGGCAGUCAGGUUACUUGCUGCAGAGAGUCUUGCCACCUUGAUUGGAAAUGCCACGAAGAAACACUCCGACGCCCUUUCGUGGGCAAAACUAUUCCUCUUUCCCGUCUACGCUUUGGGCGUCCCGAUACAGCAACAAAGGGAUGGGCAAUCUCUUGCUAAAGUUUUGAAAGCGCAGAUCGGUGAAUUCAUGUCCAAUUUCGAGUCCGUCCUCUGCCCCCCUACCGAAGGGACGCACAAAGUUGAAAUAAGGCCUUCAAAGGCAUCUGAGGCCGAAAGGAUACGGCGGCUGGUACGGACAAAACUCAUGGAAGGGGACGUAAAGGCCGCUGUACGAACCAUAUCCUCGGACCUGGGCACCCUUCCAUACAGCACUGCUACUGUUUCCGCAUUGAAGGCGAAACAUCCCAGCGCCCCUGAAGAUUUUCGUGAAUUCCACCUCCCUAAUGUCAUGCCACUAGUAGCCUCGGCCCCGGACGUCUCCGAUAGCCUGAAAUCCUUCCGCCGCAGCAGCUCUGGCGGUGUGGAUGGCCUAAGGCCUGGGCAUGUUCGUGAUUUGAUAUGCCGGCUCUCAGGGGAAAACAAUACUACCUUGCUCAAAAAGAUCGUCGAACUCUCUAACAAGAUUCUGUCCGGCGACUUAUGCUCUUUUGCCCGUGAACUGAUCUUCUCCUCAUGUUUGACGGCCCUAAAGAAGGCGGAUGGCGGAGUUCGCCCCAUUGCUAUCGGAAACAUUUUCCGAAGGAUUGCUUCCAAGAUAGCAAGCAAGGCAGGCUCUGGGGAACUUCUAUCGUACUUCGUACCAACACAGCUCGGAGUUGGUGUCCGAGGAGGCGCUGAGGCCGGGAUCCAUGCUCUACGUGAGUUUGUUUUUUCUUCCACGGAUUCCCAACGAAUUCUGGCCAAGAUCGACUUAAAGAAUGCAUUCAAUUCUGUUAGAAGCGACUGUAUUCUUGAAGCUUGCGCCAAAAAAAUUCCGCACAUCCUACCGAUUGUCAAUUUGGCAUACUCCAAGCCUUCCGCGCUUGUAUUCGGAACAACAAUACUUGAUUCUGCCAAUGGAGUUCAACAAGGUGACCCUCUAGGUUCUCUUUUAUUCUCCCUCGCAAUUCACCAAACAACGAGAUCGUGUAAAAAUGAUCUUAACAUGUGGUAUUUGGAUGAUGGAGUAAUUGGAGGAACCCCCGAAGGCAUCUUGGAAACGCUGAAGUCUCUUGUUUUUAAUUUUGGAGCGCUUGGGCUUGAAUUCAACUGCGGCAAAUGCGAAAUUGUGAAUGUCAACACGGACGAACUUUCCUUUCGUAAGUGGAUGACCGAAUUCAACAAACUGCUACCUGGAUGCACCUUCCCCCUCAAAGAAGACUUGAUUUUUCUUGGAUCUCCUAUUUUUGAAAGUGGUAUCAAAGCUGUUAUGAAGGCUAAAAUUUCGGAAUUUUCCUUUCUCUCUGAAAAAUUACGUUGUGUGGAUAGCCACAUUGGGCUCUUUUUAAUGAGGAACUGUCUAUCUAUUCCGAAGUUAACAUAUUUUUUGGGGACGGCCCAAUGCUAUCAGGAAACAGAUCUUCUCGAAGACUAUUCUGAGCAUAUGAGAGCUUGCACAGAGGACAUCCUCAACGUUAGCUUCGAUACGCAGUCGUGGAGACAGGCGACUCUUCCAAUUUCCCUGGGAGGGAUCGGCUUGAUCACCCCGGCAGAUUCAGCGCACGGCGCAUAUUUUUCCUCAGUACUCUCGUCCAGAGAUAUGAUCGACACUGUUCUUUCUCAAAUAAACGAACAGAGGAAAUCAUUUGCUGUGGAUGAUUGCGUCGCCGUAUGGGAAAAGCUGGGAUUGCCAUUGCCAUCUGAUGUGACCUGCCAAUCGGAGUGGACGUCGAAAAUCCACGCCAAUACGUUUUCAUGCCUAAAGGAAACCAUGGACCAUAGAAGGUUGGCUUGUUUACAAGCGGGCAGCCAGCCCCUAAGCGGCGCGUGGCUAAACUGUUACCCUUGUAAUACAACUGGCUGCCUUCUUAAUGAUGAAGCUGUAAGAAUUGGAGUUUGUCUGCGCCUCGGUCUACGCGUUUAUGAAAAACCAUAA